GCCAAGGCCGAGUUUCUCUCGUGUGAAGUCAGAAAGACGUGCGCCGCUGCGUCGUCGCCAUAUCCAAACACGUCAUUCAGCGUGGCCAGUUCGAAAGUUUCUGAGAUCGCACAUGCUUUCGAUAAGUAGUAUGGGCAGUAUUGGCUGGAAUGAUGCGACAUUUCGAACAGAACCACAUAUACGUCACGGUGAUGUUCUCUCGACACCUCCCAGCAAGAUGCCUUCUGAGUUUAUAGCAUUCAGAAAUACCAAAUAGUUCGCAAGGAUAUUUACCUGUGCGAGUACUUGUCCAACCGUCCAGCACUAUCCUCUUUUACGCGCAAGCAAAGAUGUCUUCAGAAAAGCCGCAUUUUAAGUCCGGCCAUCAGCCACCCGUUCAGAGCCAAGAACCACCGGGUUUGCAAUCUGACUUAAAGGGUGCGGAUCCGCAGUCUCAACAUGUACCUACAGAAGACGGUGGCUACGCGCUGUACAAAGCCGCGGGAAAGCUCCAGGACAAAAGCUGUAUAAUCACGGGAGGCGACUCUGGCAUUGGAAGGGCGACGGCUAUCUUGUUUGCAAUGGAAGGCGCGGAUAGUUUGAUUGCAUAUCUUCCCGAGGAGGAACAAGAUGCGCAGGAGACGAAGAAACAAGUUGAGAAGCACGGCAGAAACUGUUACCUGUUGUCCACUGAUAUCACCGACAAAGCCAACUGUAAAAAGGUCGUGGAAACGGCACUGAAAGAAAUGGGAAAGAUUGAUAUCUUGUUCAACAAUGCAGCCUACCAAAUGAUGGUCGAGGACAUUCAGGAUCUGUCAGAGGAGCAGUGGGAGAGAACCUUCAACGUAAACAUUCAUCCUUACUUUUACCUCUGCAAAUAUGCGCUGCCGCACAUGAAGAAGGGCUCCUCAAUAAUCAACAAUGCGUCAAUAAAUGCGUACAUCGGUCGACCAGACCUUCUCGACUACACCUCCACAAAGGGCGCCGUCGUGUCUUUCACACGGGGAUUGAGCAAUCAAUACGUUGCGAAGGGUAUACGAGUCAAUGCUGUUGCACCGGGACCAGUAUGGACACCUUUGAUACCAGCGACGAUGAACCACGAAGCUCAAAAGCAGUUCACGUCACCGAUGGGAAGACCAAGCCAGCCGAGCGAAAUAGCUACCUGUGUAGUAUUCCUGGCCAGUACAGAUUCCUCCAGUAUUAGCGGACAAACGAUUCAUUGUAACGGUGGUAGCAUUGUCAACGGCUAGAGCAAGAAGAGACUAGACGACGUAUACUCAAUUUUUAAUUAGAGCUCAACUACGAGUAGUCAAAGCUGC